GGAGAAGAAGAAGAGGAGGAGGAGGAGGAGGAGGAAGAAGAAGGAGAAGAAGAGGAGGAAGAGGAGGAGAAUGAGGAGGAGGAAGAGGAGAAGGAGAAAGAAGAGGUGGAGGAGGAAGAAGAAGAAGAGGAGGAGGAGGAGGAGGAGGAGGAGGACGAGGAAAACACUCGUGUCCUGUCUUCCAGAGGAACAGCCACAGAGCAAGGCACCUGA